AUGGCAGAUCAAGAAGAGAAGCCGUCGGCGGCGCUGGCUGCGGCUGAGCGAAUCCGGCAGGCAACGUUGAAGGCCGCCAGCAAGGGAAUGUCUCGCGCGCAGGCAGAGAGGGCUGCGACGGCUGCUGCUCGCAACGUGAAUGCGUAUGGGCAGAAGGAGGAAGGGCCGAGCCGCUGGCAGGAGCGCAAGGAGGCGAAGCAGCGCAUGUACAUGGAAAGUACGGAGCAGGCGGCGAAGCUGGGCACGCGCGUGGACGUGCGAUCGGGCGCGGCCGGUGCGAAUCAGCAGUGCCAGAAGUGCUUCAAGCCGGGCCACUGGACGUACGAGUGCAAGAACGAGCGCGUGUACAUCGCGCGCCCCUCGCGCACGCAGCUGCUGCGCAACACCAAACUUCGCGACAAGUCCGCGCUGGCCGCGGGAGGGUUUGGCGGCGGGGAGGAUGUCGGGUUUGGGGCUGAGCGGAGCUUCUUAAUGGAUCGGCGGUUCGAGGAGCAAGCGGCGAUCGACCUAGCGAAGCAGAAGGAGAUAGAGAAGCAUCAGAAAGAGGAGGAGAGGAAGAGGAGGGCGGAAGAGAAGAAGCGGAAAGAGGAGGAACGGAAAAUUAAGCGGGAGGAGCAGAGGAAGAAGGAGAAAGAGAGGCGGAAGAGGAAAGAGAAAGAGAGGGCGCGAAGGAAAGAGAAGGAGAAGAUGCGGAGGAAGAAGCGCGGGAAGAAAAACGAGAGUGAGAGUGAGAGUGAGAGUGAUAGUGAAGAAAGCGAUAGCGAGGAUGAGAAGUCAGGGCGGAAAAAGGGACGUAAAAGGGGAAAGGGUGGGAAGAAAGGAGGGAAGGGAGGCCCUGACGCGGCAGACGAGGAAGCUGUGACGAAGGGGAACGGCAGGGGGAAGGAGGAGGCCGGUGUGGGCGACGAGGAGGUGCGUAUGGAGAAGCUGGCGGCGGAGGAGCGCGAGAGUGGCGCGGUGGAGGGCGGCGGGCGCGCGGGGCGAGAGAGGGGCGAGGCGCGGGCGCUGAGAGCAGGGGAGAAGGGGGAGAACGGGAGAAGCAGAGAGGGGAGCGAGGAGGAGCGGGACGAGAGGCGGCGGGACGAGGGCGUGGCGAUGGGGGGCGAGGAGCGCAAGGCCAGGGGCCAGGCUGACGGUGGCGCGGACGCGCGGGGCGAUGAUGAGCGCGGUGGCAGGGGCUGGGAGAAGGAGAAGCAGGAGGGAGGUGCGAGGGGCGACGCAGAGAGGGGCGGCAGGCCCCGAGGGUGGAGUGAGAAUGGCGAUGGGGAUGGUGCGAGGGUGAGGCGCGCGAGGCAGCAGCAGCACGCGGACGAGCAGCACCACAGCGCGAGGGAGGGCGGGAAGCGGCGCGAUGCCGUGGCGGAGCACGACGAGCGCGAGGAGGAGGGGGGCGAGGCGAGGAGGGGAGCGCACGGUGGUGGGCAGGGCAGUGCAGGGGGGCGCGGUGUCAAGGGGCGCGCUGAGCAGCCGGGUGCGCAUGGUGCACGGAGGACCAAGGAUAAGGCUCGCAGGCAUCUGCUGGCUCUUGUGCCUUCACUCCACUGCUCCUUUUCUAUGCUCCUGGGCCUGCCUCCCUGUGUGUCACAGCAGCAUCCCCUGCUCUUCAUGCCUGCUGUACGGCUGCUCUUGUCCGCCAGCAUGCAAUACCCCUCUCACCCGCCUGCUGCUGCUCGUACCCACCUUGUUUGCCCUGCCAUGCACCGCUGCUGCUGA